GGUUGGCACGGGGUGGGGAGCUCCGUGUCUCGGGGUUGGGAUUUCGGGUUAAAUAUUCAAAAUGGCGGACGGAGGAGCAGCGAGUCAAGAUGAGAGUUCAGGAGCAGAAUCAAAAAUGAGUAAUCCGUCUGAUACCAGUAAAUCUUCAGUGGAAAACCAUGAUGGAAGCACAGGCACCCAAACAAAUGGACUGGACUUUUCAAGACCGUCUGUGCAGACAGCAAGUGCAAUCACUAAUGCACAUGCACAGGCCUUACUACAACAGUGUAAAUCAGAAGAUUCUGGUGAAACUCCAGUCUCGAGUCAGCCUUCCAUCCAGCCCUCAAUACAGAGUUCCCUCCCACAGACUCCGCUCAUGUUGGCUGGAGGACAGAUCACUGGUUUAACUUUGACUCCCGCCCAGCAACAGCUGUUACUGCAACAAGCACAGGCCCAGCUUCUAGCAGCAGCAGUCCAGCACUCUGCCACUCAGCAGCAUAACACCACAGGGGCCACCAUUUCUGCUUCUGCAGCCACGCCAGUGACACAGAUACCCCUUUCACAGCCUAUCCAAAUAACACCAGAUCUGCAGCAACUUCAGCAACUGCAACAGCAAAACCUGAACCUACAACAAUUUGUGUUGGUGCAGCCAGGUCACCCCAUAGCAACACAGCUGCAGCCAGCACAGUUCAUUAUAUCACAGACACAGCAGGGGCAGCAGAGUUUUCUGCAAGCUCAGAAUCUUUUAACGCAACUACCUCAGCAAAGCCAAGCCAACCUCCUGCAGUCACAGCCAAGCAUCACCCUCACUACACAGCCAGCUACGCCAACACGCACAAUAGCGGUAACCCCCAUCCAGCCAUUUCCACAAACUCAGACAACACCAAAGCGCAUGGGCACUCCCAGUUUGGAGGAGCCAAGUGACCUGGAAGAGUUGGAGCAAUUUGCUAAGACUUUUAAACAGAGAAGAAUCAAACUAGGAUUCACUCAGGGGGAUGUUGGACUUGCCAUGGGUAAACUGUAUGGAAAUGACUUCAGCCAAACAACUAUCUCUCGUUUUGAAGCCUUGAACCUCAGCUUUAAAAAUAUGUGCAAGCUUAAACCACUGCUGGAAAAGUGGCUAAAUGAUGCAGAGAACCUGACAUCUGACCAGACCUUGUCCAGUCCAAGUGCCCUGAACUCCCCUGGUUUGGGAAUAGAGGGUCUGAAUCGCAGGAGGAAGAAACGCACCAGCAUUGAGACCAACAUACGAGUGGCCUUAGAAAAGAGUUUUUUGGAGCAGAACCAAAAGCCUACCUCUGAAGAGAUCACAAUGAUAGCUGGCCAGCUGAACAUGGAAAAAGAAGUUAUCCGUGUCUGGUUCUGCAAUCGGCGGCAGAAAGAGAAGAGAAUAAACCCACCUAGUAGUGGCAGCACAAGCAACACUCCAAUCAAAGCAGCGUACCCGAGCCCUACUCCACUGGUGCCAACCACUGCUAGCCUUGUGACCAGUAAUACGACUACACUGACUGUAAAUCCAGUUCUACCUGUAACCAGCACUGCAGUUACAAAUCUUGGCUUCACAGGGACUACAGGAAUUGGGUCUAUUACUAACAACACAGCAUCUGUGAUCUCCUCUACACCUGUAACUUCUUCAGCAGUGACGUCUCCAUCCCUCAGUCCUUCUCCCACUUCACUACAACCUGUAACAGAAUCGCCUAGCACACAGGAAACAAGUACAACAACACAAUCAUCUGCAUCUCUGUGCUCUCCAAUUGGUACCAGUCAAGUUAUGGUGACAGCAUCUGGGUUGUCUGCAGCUUUGCAAGGUGCAGCAACACAGCUGCCUCCUAAUGCAGGCCUAGCUGCCAUGGCAGCAGCUGCAGGGCUUAAUCCUGGUCUGAUGGCAUCUUCUCAGUUUGCGCCAGGUGGUGCCUUACUUAGCCUCAAUCCUGGCACACUUGGCAGUGCUCUAAGUCCUGCAUUGAUGAGUAACAGUACUCUAGCAACUAUUCAAGCUCUUGCAUCUGGUGGGACUCUUCCAAUAACUUCUCUAGAUGCCAAUGGAAAUUUCUUGUUUGCCAAUGCAAAUGCAGGUGGUACUCCUAACCUUGUGACUGCUCCAUUGUUCCUCAGUCCACAGAACCUUUCUUUGCUCACCAGCAAUCCAGUUAGCUUGGUGUCUGCGGCAGCGGCCUCUGCAGGUGUCUCUGCACAGGCAUUAAAUCUCCAGGUCAUGUCGACUGCCACUGAAUCAAACCAGAACCCUGUCACUUCAGCAGGAGGAUCCAGUGCUGCACCAACCAUAACUACAGUAUCCAAAACCUAAUGAUUGUUGUGUAGUAACGGAAGUUGGACUGUGUUUUUUUUUUUUUUGUUUUUUUUCCUUGGAAGAUUUUAAAGCUUGCUCCUUUUUUGCUGCCACCAAAAAGAAAUGCAUUGAAAAGAGGAACUCUUCUUUUAUCCAAAUGUGCCAGUAUCUUUCUCUCAUAUUCAACAUCAGCAUAUCUCAUAAGCUGGCGUAACAAAAGAGCUCUAAGUCUUCAUUUGUCAAUUUUAAUUUUGACAGAAUUUUUUUGUUCUCCACGUAAUUGGCUGCUUAUGGCACAAAAGAUGAAUAACUUGGACUAUUUUCCCUGGACUGUUUUUAAUUAAUAUAGACUAUUCUAACCAAAAAUAGAGAAACUGUACCUGAGCAGUUAUCCUACUGAAAUAACUUUCAUUAGCAUACAACUAAAGGUUUUCAUUUAUCUGUUCUAUUAGGUUAUUUGUUUUUAACUGUAAUUUCGGUCUGUUAUACAGGCCAUUGUUUAACUGUGUUAACAUCACAGUAAAAUAGUACUUGGUUUUCAUUUAAUUGCUGCAGUUUCAGGCAGAUGUAUACUUUGUGUGAGUGUGUACGUGUGUGUGUGUGUGAGAGUAUGUGUUCAGAAGGUGAUCUCUUAUUCCUCCAAAGUUGCAUGAUCCCUUAAUGAACUUUGGUGUUUGGAAGAAUUUAAACCAUAUUCUUCCCUGUAUUGGAAAAUUAGACCCUGCUGACACUUCUGUGGGUGUGUUGAUUGUAAGGGAGCGCUUGCAACACACGUAGCUUUGAUCAUCUCUCUUUUUGUUUUUCCUUUAUGCUCCAUUUUGGGAACACUGAUGAUAAAGCAGCAUUUUUGUAUAAAUUGAAUAUUAGCAGUUACACUGACUAAAGAAAAGUGACUUGCAGGAUUUACGUAGAGUGCUGUUCCAUAUACAUGCAAUCCUUUGUAAGGAUGCAAAGGCAGAAAGUACAGGAGAGAUAUUGUUUGCCAUAGGAGUGGUGGAUCCCAAGGUUUUUGUUCUGUCAUGUGGCAACUACGUUUAGAAUAUACUCCUUUUUUUCUUGUGAGCUGCUGGUCUGGAGUCAUUUACUUAUUUAGCUGCCUAUAUAGAAGAGAGAUUAAAUGCACAUUUUUUAAUAAAUUUGAGCUAGGAAAGAAAAACACCAGUUGAAGAGUUAUUUGCACACUGUUUAAAAUGGUGUUUAGGUAUUUCUUCAGAAAUUCAGCUAUUUACGUAAUGCAUAUCAGUUUUUCUGCCGCGUACUUUUUUUGGUGUUUUGCUCUUAUGUUUUAAAGACAAAGGAUUGGCAGCUUUAGAAAUAAUGGCUGAUUUGAGGGGAGAGUCUAAAACUGCAAAGUAAUCACUGUUAAGAUAUGUGUGGUUUAUUAUGUAUUUGUAUUUUUUUAAUAAGAUAGCAAUAUAAUUUCAUUGCAUUUCAGGAGAGGCUGUCUCAGUGUUAAAUUAUCAGAGUUGUUUCAGUAUAAUUUUCCUUCUUCAUGUGCACAGUACCUGUACCAAAAAUAACAAACUGGAUAAUUGAUCUACAGUUCAUUUGGGAAAAAUAGAUUUCUCUCAAUUUCUUCCCUGACAUAUUUUAGUUUCAAAUAUUUUGGAAGGUAAAAAGAAACUUCAAUUUAGUUGAGUGAAACUGUGAGAAAUGUUUAUAGAAAACAGUCUGGACAUUUUAGACCAACAGAGAGAGAGAGAGAGAUGCAAUAUUUUUAUAUGUAAACUUAUAAAAAUUGUAUCCAAAGAACAUUUACAAGUUUAGUCUGUUUUAACUUAAUUUAGAAAGCUUUAAUUGUCUCCUUUCCCCAGCCUCUUCAAAUCUAGGCUGCUUAAUAAAAAAUAAUAGACAGGAGCUGCAGGUUAUGUAAGUAAAACAAUAUUUGCACAUCUCUGUUAUUAGAAAAAUAUUGAUAAAAACUUGUUUAUUUCUAUUACAAACCAUAAAACAAAAGGUGUAGUGCUUUUUUAUUUAUUCAGAAUUUACCAAUCUGUAAUUUUUAAUAUCUAAGAUUUAUAUUAACAACAAAAGCAUAAUAGAUUUUGAUUAACUUAAUUUGUGCACAUGAAAGUCUUAAAUGUCACUAUUUUCUACCUUACAAAAAUGACAGAUUACUUUUUUUUUUUUUUUUUACUUUUAAAACUUGCAGCAUUGAUUGAUUGUUUUCAUUAUUUUGCAUUGUUAAUGAAUGAACUGUAGAGCAGAUAUUACCAUGGCUGCUUUCCUACCUGCAGUCAGCCAUCUUGCAAAGCUUGAACCAAAGUCGUUUUCUAGCAAGCUGCUGUACCAAUGAGAGAGUUUAUAUUAAGUGCAGUUCAUGUGCAUUUAGAAUAUAUUUGCUACUGACCAUUCUUUUUUUUUUUUUUUUUUUUUUUGUCCUUCCUUCUAACAUUUUUCUAUGGGCCUGUCUUUUCUGUUGUCAAAGAAUUACCUCAUUGGCAAAAGGGUAUACAAUUGAUUAUGAAGUGAAAAUUUUAGAUAAUCAUUUAAAAUUUGAAAAUCUUUUACAUACAAUUAGCAUGUGUUGUAUAUAUUUAAAAAAAAA